CCCCAGCCCACAAAUCCCUGCCUUGCUUCUUCCAACCUUCACUCAGCCCCUGCGAUGGCUCUGCAAGAUGUGUGCAAGUGGCAGGCGCCUGACACCCAGAGACCAUCACCUCACCUGCCCCAGUCUGGUGGCUGGGCCGUGCCCCGGGGCUGUGACCCUCAAGCCUUCCUGCAGACCCAUGGCCCCCAGCUGGCCCACGGCACCACCACCCUGGCCUUCCGCUUCCGUCACGGAGUCAUAGCCGCGGCCGACACACGCUCCUCCUGUGGCAGCUACGUGGCAUGUCCAGCCUCACUCAAGGUCAUCCCUGUGCACCGGCACCUCCUGGGUACUACCUCUGGCACCUCGGCCGACUGUGCCACAUGGUAUCGGGUGCUACAGCGGGAGCUCCGGCUUCGGGUACUGAGGGAGGGUCAGCUGCCCAGCGUGGCCAGCGCUGCCAAGCUCUUAUCAGCCAUGAUGUCCCGCUACCGGGGGCUGGAUCUGUGUGUGGCCACUGCCCUGUGCGGCUGGGACUGCUCUGGUCCUGCCCUCUUCUAUGUCUACAGCGAUGGCACCCGCCUGAAGGGGGACAUCUUCUCAGUGGGCUCUGGAUCUCCCUAUGCCUACGGCGUGCUAGACCGUGGCUACCGCUAUGACAUGACCACCCAGGAAGCCUACGCCCUGGCUCGACGCGCUGUGGCCCACGCCACCCACCGGGAUGCCUAUUCAGGGGGCUCUGUAGACCUUUUCCACGUGCGGGAGAGUGGAUGGGAGUAUGUGUCGCGCAACGAUGCCUGUGUGCUGUACACGCAGCUGCAGAAGCUCGGGGAGCCAGAACCAGAAGAGGAGGCCAGCCAGGCCCAUCUUGAGCCUGCCACUACCCACAGAGCUGGAGAAGAUGGAGAACUCUCUGCGGGAGCCGGGGAGGUGACACCAGGAGACUCCAGGAUGUCAGCAGGGACUGAGAUGCUGUGAGAAGCGGCAGGACUUGAGGGGAUCCAGGCCCAGGGAGUGGGUGGGAGAGGGACAGCAGGGGUAGGCCCACUGGGAGCAGCCUCACAGCAUCUGUCUCCAGCCUUGACAAGUUGCCGGCUUCAUUUGUUCCAAGUCUCCAUGCUUUCUGCCUCCCAGGCUAUUGAU